GUGGUUCCCUCGGGCCUGGCCUACUGUUUAGACAUCAGCCCGGUGCUCCAUCGCAUCUAUAAAUGCUACAGCUCCGAACAAGGCUGUGCUGACCAGGCGGUGGUGUACCACUCCUACCAGGUCGUCUUCUUUUUAAUCAGCGCCUACUUCUUCUCAUACCCCCACCCUGAGCGCUGGUUCCCGGGACGUUGCGACUUCAUCGGGCAGGGCCAUCAGAUCUUCCACGUGUUCCUUGUGCUCUGCACUGUAGUGCAGAUCGAAGCCGUGCGACUGGAUUAUAGCGAGAGGGGACCUCUCUAUGAAAGUCUCCAUGGAGACUUGGCUCACGAUGCAGUGGCUCUUUUUAUCUUCACAGCGUGUUGCAGUGCACUCACUGCGUUCUAUGUGCGCAAACGGGUGAAGGCAUAUCUAGAAGAGAAGCAGGAGUAGGCAGGGACCUUGCUUGCAAAUGACGGAAGGAUUGCACUGGUCUACAACAAUUGAAGCAACUAACAAUGAAGGACCUUUUUGUUAUUUUUCAGUGUAUCUUAUAUUUGUCAUUAAUAUUUUUUUUGUGGCCUGACAAUGUAUUUUGAACCAACUGCUUUCUGUUUACCAAACUGGUGACAUGCUUUAAAACCGCAUCACAUAUGAAGAAUGGCUCUAAAACAAUGGAUUGCCUGCUGAAAGGUGCUGAUCUGUUUGACGAGUGCCAUUACAACCUAUUAAACCAGGUUAACGUGAGAUCUGUGAAGGGAUGUCAGCAUUUUUGCUGACAGGUUGGUUUGCAUACAGGAUAGUUUAGGUUGACUGGAUCAUUGGAAAAGUUCAUAUUUGCAUUGUGCCUCUAAAUCCAACCUCAUUUUGGUGCAGUGUGGUGCUUUUGAAGGAUUAGUUCACCCAAAAAUGAAA